GUCUCUGGGGAAGGAAAGCAUGCGUCCGCUGUCAAGUACAUAAUAUAACGAUUUUACGAGUACAUUAUAUCGUACCACUGAAUUAUUAUAAGACCAAACUCCAUCUCUCAAAAAAGUUGAACAACCUCAGGACCUACCAACCAUCUACACUGAGCAAACUUCGAAAAUAACACUCGGUACCAGAUGAGUAAGAUCGACAUUUUGAUUUCAGAAGAGACUGGGGUCCUUGUAGAAGAUGACAUUAACAAUGAAAACCUGAGUGCAAAUCCGAGUGAAGCAGGAGAUGGAGAGAAAAGGGCCGAAGGAUCUCUUUUCGAUCCUCCUUUAUACAGGCAAAGAUAUCUUGCCGUCGCCGAAAUCCUUAGAAACAGGGACAUAAAAAAGGUUCUUGACAUUGGGUGUGCAGAAUGUAAAUUUCUGAGACAUUUGAAGAACAGUGUGCCAUCGCUGGAGUCCAUAGCUGGUCUUGAUAUAGACAGAGCAUUACUGGAACAAAACAGAUACAUAAUGAAGCCAUGUUUGAGAGAUUAUGUUCAUAAGAGGCCAACACCACUCAAGACAAGCCUGUUCUGUGGCAGUAUUGGAGCAUAUGACAGUAGAUUACUGGAGUUUGAAGCAAUGAUAUUAAUUGAGGUCAUAGAACAUCUUGAGUCAGACACUUUGGAAAGAUCAACAGAGGUAAUAUUUAACCAGGUUAAGCCAGCGCUUGUUGUCAUGACAACCCCAAACGCUGAGUUCAACGUACUGUUCCCAGACUUCUCUGGUAUGAGGCACUGGGAUCACAAGUUUGAGUGGACAAGACAGGAGUUCAACUCAUGGUGUCUCAAUCUGGCUCGUUUACAUGGAUACACAGUGGAGUUUGGUGGUGUUGGUGAGCCACCAGAGGGAACUGAUGUAGGCUUUUGUUCUCAGCUGGCAAUAUUUGAGAGACUGGCCCAUAGCAAGCCUGGUGCACAUGAUAUUGAAGAUAUUCAGUGUUAUAGCAUUAUAGCAGAGCAUGUUUUCCCAUACAAACAACCCGAGGGCAGUAUAGAGGAGCAGAUUCUGGCUGCAGCCACAAAGCGUAUCCAAGAAUUGGCAUAUUCCAAUGUACUUUAUCAGAGACAGCAUGGAGAUGAUGCAGAUGAAUAUAUCUUAGGAGAUAGAGGGCCAGUAACUGUGCAGGUGCCUUUGGAUGCUGUGGCCAGGUUCACAGAUGUCAAACAUUUGUGUGGAGGAGACAUGGGCAUUUUAAGGGAUGUUCUUGAAGGAGCAGACGUAAGUCUAAAUGCUACAGAGACGGCAGUAACACACACCCUGAAUCUAGAGGAUUACUUCUGUUAUUCAGACACCGAGAGCUCUGUGUCAUCUCACAGUGACUCAUGCAUAGAGGACAACAUAGGUGUUGGGAACUCUAACACUGUAGAUAACCAGUGCUCCUCCAACCCGACUUGGGACUCACAGUAUCAGCAGAAUCAGUGUAAUUGGGAAGAAGAUUGGGAUGCUGAUACUGCCUCAGCAACAGUUGCAGCACAAGAAGACAGUAAAGGUGCUUACACGAAAUGGAAAGACGGAGAAUGGGGAUUACUUGAAACCUGGGAUGAUGAUGAUGAUGAUGAUGGCGAUGGUUUAAAUGAAAAUUGCUCAGGUGUAACUUCUAGAUAUACCACGACUUGUAAGAAGAAUGACUGGUAUGAAUCUACAGAAGACCAGGGUGUUAAUCUCAACUCAACAGAAGGAAUCCAGGGUAAUAAAAUUCCUGGCAAUAAUUUUUUUAACUGUUCUAGAGAACUGAUUGAAGUUACUGAUGAUGAUGAGAAUUGGUAUUGCGCUGUGGACCAGGUUCAGACUGCCCCAGCCUAUAGAUUAUUUUCCAAGAAAAACAGCCCAGAUGGCCUAGCCCACCUUGUGGAAUGCUGCUGGCCAGGCUGUGAUUCUCAGGGCGCCAUAGAUAGGAAGAUUGAAGCUGUGAGAUGGGGCAGUGACAUAGGAAGCCUGUGUGAUGCAUGCAAACUUGUUUUAACAUCAAGCGUCUCUACUCACACUGGUAAUUUCUUUAAUACUCCUGCAUCUCAAAUAAAAGAUGAUAUUUAAAUACUCCUGAUGGAACAUUUGAAUAAAGUUACUGCAUCAGUACAGGAACCCAUUUAGGCAUUCACUUUUAGUGUCAAAGUAACACUCCAGGUUGGUCACAUUCAGAGUAACUUUUUAACAAUCAAAUUUUGGAGGGGCUAGUUAUUGGUGCAAUACUUAAAAUGGAUUAUGCUUGCACUUUCAAUUUUUUUUUUCUCAACAUAAUUCAUUCGUACUCAAUAAUUCAUUCAUACUCAAUACUUCAUGCAACAUAGUCUUUCACAUCAGUUUUAAAUAUAUAUUUAACGAUUUGAUUUAUCUUCAUCUGUUAACAUUAUAUACCUUUGUGCAGUCAUGAGUUGCAGAAGUUUUUCAGAACAGUACUUGGAAGGUAAUCUUUUAAACAUGGCAACUGCAAGUCAUAUUGUUAAUAAGAAAUAGGCUUUGUUUUGACACAAAAACGCCUUUAUGUUGCUGACAGUUAGAAGUAAUCCACGGGUGUAGAUUAAUGAGUGAGAGGUAAAACAAGUGAAGUAUUGGAUUUUUAAUAUAGUCAGUGUGUUGGUGAUGACAGCGGACUUGAUAAAACUAAAUGCCAACAGUAGAAGCACUGCAAACGGGCAGUGUUCAGUUCAUGUGGUCUCUUACUUAGAUCAGGGAAUUAUACUAUUGUCAACGAAACAAUUUCCUGCUUUGGUGUUUUCUUUUUAUAUAGGAUGUAAAGUUUACCCAUGCAGGGUCAGCAUGAAUUAAAAUUAACAAUCUUCAAUGCUUGUCCAUUUGAUGAGUUGUUUCUAGUU